UAGCAUGAAACAUGACUACAUGUUUACAGUUUAUGAUGGACUUAUACUGUGUUUUGUAUCAUAACAUUGAUCUAACACUGUGUGGCGUGCUUGCGUUGUGUUUAGGUACAGAGCCCUGGCCGUUCUACUUUAUAAAUGGUUUCCUGAACUUCAAUGUGGUGUUUGUCCUGGCGCUGCUGUCUCUACCUCUCACUGCUCUGAUGGAGGUGCUACUACAACGCUUCAAUGUGCAGAACCUGGGAACAUAUUGGUUGACUCUGUCUCCUAUGUACCUGUGGAUGCUGGUGUUCUUCACCAGACCUCAUAAAGAGGAGCGUUUCCUGUUCCCCAUCUACCCUCUCAUCUGUCUGGCGGGGGCCGUAGCACUGUCUUCACUACAGAAGUGUUACCACUUCCUGUUCCAGCGGUAUCGUCUAGAACACUACACGGUGUCGUCAAACUGGCUGGCUGUGGGAACACUGAUCCUCUUCACUCUGCUGUCUCUGUCCAGAUCCCCUUCAGUGUUUAUCCCUCCAGGCUACCACGCGCCACUGGACCUGUACCCAGAGUUCCACCGUAUCUCCCGGGACCCGUCUCUCCACGCUGUCCCAAAGGGCCGGCCCGUCAGUGUCUGUGUUGGGAAAGAGUGGUACCGGUUCCCCUCCAGCUUUCUGCUGCCCAACAACUGGCAGCUGCAGUUCAUCCAAUCAGAGUUCAGAGGGCAGCUGCCCCAGCCGUACGCUGACGGCCCAUUGGCUACUCAAACUAUCCCCGCCCACAUGAACGACCAGAACCUGGAGGAGCCAACAAGAUACGUGGACGUGCGUCAGUGCCAUUACCUGGUGGAUCUGGACCUAGAGACCACAGCACCCAGAGAGCCACGCUACGCUGACAACACAGACUGGASCGUCAUCGCAUCGAAACCCUUCCUAAAUGCUGCCAGGUCCUCUCCUCUGUUCAGAGCGCAUUCUUCGAUUUCCCUUCCUCUCUGA